CUGGAACCUGCCCUUCUCCCUCAGGGAUCCCCGGGGUCCAGGAGCGGACGCUGGUGGCGGUGAAGCCGGACGGCGUGCAGAGGAGGCUGGUGGGUGACGUGAUCAAGCGCUUUGAGAGACGUGGAUUCAAGCUAGUUGGCAUGAAGCUGCUCCAGGCCAACGAGGGGAUCCUGGCAGAGCAUUACCAUGAGCUGCGGAGGAAGCCCUUCUACCCGGCGCUGAUCCAUUACAUGACUUCGGGCCCGGUGGUUGCCAUGGUGUGGGAAGGUUACAACGUGGUCCGGACGUCCAGGGCCAUGGUGGGCGAUACCGACUCCGCUGAAGCCAAGCCGGGGACGAUCCGGGGAGAUUUCAGCAUCCACGUCAGCAGGAACACUCCAUGCCAGCGACUCUGUGGAGACGGCCCAGCGGGAGAUCAGUCUGUGGUUUCACAGCAGCGAGCUGGUGGACUGGGCCUGCUGCGAUUACAGCAACACUUACCAGCUCUGAGGGCCUCUCCUGGCCACCAGGCCUGGCCGUAGAUCUACUACCUCUGACAGCGCGUUGCCUUCUGUAGCUCCUUGGGCCCCGCCAGCACGCCACCGGCCUGGCGCGGCAGGGCGAAAGCCUUGCUUCCUUCGCCCUGCUGCCUCCUCACCGUAGUGCCGGUGAGCCCCUGGGAGCCGCUGUGCGCAAAGGAAGAACGAUGGGUGUAAGUCCUUGAAGGGUUCACAUUAAAACCCAAUUGGUUA